AUGAAGUCCUUCGGAAUCAUCGCUGCUUCUGCACUCUUUGGAGCCAUUGCCAACGCCGCGCCUCUUAACAAGCGUGAUGUCGUCUGGGUCACUGAGAUCGAGACCGAUAUUGUCACCGUUCCCGUCACUAUGACCGUCUGGGCCGGUGCUGAGGAGACCACUGUAUCGACCACCACUACUGCAAGCAGACACGGACACCAAUUCUUCCACUCCAAGGCUUCUACCACCUCUACUCCCGUCGCUGUUGUUUCUACUACCAGCAGCUCCUCUGUUUACGUCGCUCCCACCCCAUCGAGCACCUCGGUCUACGUCGCUCCUACUCCCUCGACUACUUCGAUCUACGUUGCUCCUACUCCUUCGACUACUUCGAUCUAUGUUGCACCCACCACCAGCAGCUCUGAGGUCUAUGUCGCUCCUACCACCAGCAGCACCGAGAUCUACGUUGCUCCCACCACUUCCUCUGUUUAUGUUGCACCUGAGACUACUUCGACCUAUGUUGCACCCACCAUCGAAAGCACUUCAGCCUAUGUUGCUCCCACUACCAGCACUACCAGUAGUGCUCCUGCCGCAACCACCAGCGCCUCAUCUGGAUCCGGUGUCAGCAGCGGAAUGGCUGCAUCUGGCACUGAAUACUCUGGAGACCUGACUUGGUACGAUGUUGGCCUUGGUGCUUGUGGUCUGACCAACGUUGAUGGUGAUCACAUUGUCGCCAUCUCCCAUGUGAUCUUCGAUGCCUACUCCACUGGCAACCCCAACACCAACCCUCUCUGUGGCAAGUACGUUACCAUUAACGGCAAGGAUGGCCAGGCCCACCAAGCCAAGGUCGUCGACCGCUGCGUUGGCUGUGCUGAGGCCGACCUUGAUCUUUCUCACGAGUUCUUCAACUCUGUCACCUCCAACGGCGACGGCCGUGUCUCUGGCAUGUCCUGGACAUGGAACUAA